UAACAUAAUCUGUAAGGAAGCCCAAUGUUAUUCAUUCUUGGUAUAUGCAUUGAAUAAAGCGGACGUCUUAUAAUAAAAAGUGCCUAAAGUGUUAAAUAUACCGGUCCUCUCACAAAUUCAGAAGUGGGAUAAAUCUACGCAAUGGACGAUAUAAACUUCAACAAUUUCUCGGUUGUUCAACUAAAAAGAUGGCUUUCCGCGCUGGGAAUGCCAACUCAAGGCCUUAAGGCCGAAUUGAUGGCUCGUCUUAGGCGUGUUCCUCCCGAGGAGCGCGGCCAGGCACCACGCGAAGACGCCAACCCAAAUUCUGGAGAAGAUCAACCCGAUAACGAAGAUUCCGAAGAAGUUCAAGGCGACGCCUCCGCCCAUCAAUUUCAGGGCGCCGAGGGCAACGUGAACAUCGCACCAGCGGCUUCUCAGAGGGUGUUCUCCCGAGAUGCCCUUGAGCAACAUGAACUUCUUGCCAUCAUAAGGCAGCUGCAGGCAGAAGUAAGUGCGCAUCGCAAUUUGUUACAACAAGCGCAGACACGUGGCGCCGCACAACAACAAGCAGUUGACAAUAGUGGCAACCUCGGAGACUCGAACAUUCUACCGCGGUCGCCAAUGCAUGCAUCGUCUGGCAACCCUACCAGUCUGAUCGUGCUACCGACCUCAGACGACAAUGCAUCUGGUGGCGGCAUUACAAGCUCAAACGUUUUGCCAGCCCUGCAAGGCAUUGCAUCGAGUGGCAACAGCAGUGGUUUAGCAGUAUUUGGCUCAACGAACAACAACACCGCCGUUUUCAACGCCGACGGAGCUGCCAGCCGAGCUGCAUCAGCAACAUCGUUAUCUUUCGCCAAAGAAGCAGCCAUAGACUUUGACGAAAACAUGUGUGCUCGCAUCUGGGUGGAGCACCUUAAGAACAUUGGUCAGGUAUAUGUUUUGGCUGACGACUGUCUAAGGAUGCUGUUCAUCACCAAGCUGAAGGGAAAGGCACAGCGUUGGUUACAUGCCAACCCCACUAGAAUGCUGGAACCUUUCGAGAGGCUAUGCGAGCAGCUGAUUAUGGCCUUCGGGCAAAUGUCUUCAAAAUCCGAGCAGCGUCGCAAAUUCGAGCAACGGAAAUGGCAACAAACCGAGCGUUUUGCCAUGUACUUCGAAGACAAGAUGAUGUUGGCUCAACCCAUCAACCUGGAGACAGAUGAGCUUUUGGAACAAAUCAUCGAAGGAGUGCCAUCAGCCAAUUUAAGGGAUCAAGCACGCAUUCAACGAUUCGCCAACCCGGAGCAGAUGCAGCAAGCCUUCGCAAAUAUCUGCCUCCCGCAGAUAAUCGAGACCAACGCAGCGAAGAAGACAUCUAUGGAGGCCUCUGCAAACAACGAAUUGCGCUGCAGAAACUGUAACUCCAAGGGCCAUUUCGCAAAGGAUUGCCGCAAGCCAAAAAGGGCUCCCGGAUCUUGUUUCGCAUGUGGAGAAAUGGGGCACUUCGUAGGGCAAUGCCCUAAGAGGAAGAGCGCCAGCGACAACAACAAUUAUAAUGUCUCAUAGACUCAGGCAGCGCGAUUUCAUUUAUAAAACUUUCCAAAGUCCCAUAUGAAAUACACAUUACUAAAGUUAAGACUUCAUAUUUUGGUAUAAAUAAGAGCCAACUUAAUGUAAAAGGAAAAACUUUGUGUUUUAUCAUGAAGAAAGGAAUAAAAAUUUGUUUUGAUUUAAUAAUUGUCGCUGAUGAGUCCAUGAGCCAUGAUGCAAUUCUGGGAAGGGAUUUCAUGGAUAUCUUUGGUUUAAGCAUUAAUCUAGACACCCUUGACACUAUUAAGGAUAGUAGUUGUAAUAUUAACAAAAAUAACUCACUGUCUCACACUUGCAACUUGAACCUUUAUUGUGGAACGAAGGAUCAACGACAUAGAAUGGCUGAUUUAUCUGAAGAUGUUUGUACGGAUUGUCUAGGACAUUUAACUGGAAAUGAAACUGUUAAGGAGCAACUGUUAGGAAAUGAAACUGUUAAGGAGCAACUGUUAGGAAAUAAGACUGUUAAAGAGCAACUGUUAGGAAAUAAGACUGUUAGGGAACAAUUAAUGGAAGGAGAUACUGUUGAGAAGCAACUCGUAGGAGAAGAGACUGUUAAGAACCAACUAUUAGAAAGUAAAACUUUUAAGGAGGAACUGUUAGGAAUACAAACCGAAAAACUGACAAAGAGCAUUUUAGCAGAAACGUUUGAUGAGGAUAUGUUAGGCAUCAACAUAGUUGAUGAUCAAUUCCCGGAUUAUAGCAUUGGUAAUGAAAUCGACUACGAAACCAAGUGCAGGUUUGUCAAAAUGUUUAAAACGUUAUACGGUACUGCAAAAAGACCAGAAAUACCUUUUAUCAGAUGUGAAAUGAAAAUUAACAUUGAAAAAUCGAAACCGUUUAGUUGUUCACCUAGGAGGCUAUCAUAUAGUGAAAAGGAUCAGCUUCAGAAAAUGUUAGACGAAUACCUAGAUAAAGGCAUUAUAAGAAAUAGCGACUCGGAAUAUGCUUCCCCAAUCGUGUUGGUAAAGAAGAAAACUGGUGAUCUUAGAUUGUGCAUAGACUAUCGCAAGCUUAAUAAAGUUCUAAUAAAAGACAACUAUCCUCUGCCUUUAAUAGAUGACCUCUUGGAUAAGCUAGUCAAUAAAAGUGUAUUUUCAAAGCUCGAUCUGAAAAAUGGAUAUUUCCACGUAUUCGUGAGCAAUGAUUCGAUAAAGUAUACGUCUUUUGUGACUCCUUUAGGACAGUUUGAAUUUUUGAGGAUGCCCAUGGGAAUAAAAAAUGCUUCAGCCGUUUUUCAACGCUUCGUAAACAAGAUUUUUUCCGAUUUGAUCAGAGAAAAUAAAGUUAUUGUAUAUAUGGAUGACAUAAUGGUAGCCAGCACAGAUAUAGAGGAACAUUUAAGUACAUUAAAGGAAGUAUUUAUACGUUUAGUUAAUAAUAGGUUAGAGCUGCGGCUGGAUAAGUGUGAGUUUAUGCAGUCAAGCAUAAAAUAUUUAGGAUUCUUCAUAACUAAAGAAGGAAUUAGAGCAGAUGAUAGAGGUCUUGACGCUAUUGAAAACUUUCCGAUCCCAGAAAAAUUACACAACGUUCAAAGCUUUUUGGGUUUAUGCUCAUAUUUCAGACGCUUUAUAAAAGAUUUUUCUAUUUUAGCCAAGCCACUUUACGAUAUGUUAAGAAAAGAUAAGGACUUUACGUUUACAGAGAAAGAGUUUAAUUGUUUUUUAAAGCUUAAGAAAAAACUAAUCGAGUCCCCUGUCUUGGCUAUUUAUGAUCACAAAGACGAUGUCGAGUUACAUUGCGAUGCAAGCUCUUUAGGAUUCGGUGCAGUUUUAAUGCAAAAGAAAGGGGAUGGAAAAUUUCAUCCCGUAUUCUAUUUCUCAAAGCGAACAACAGAAACUGAGUCCAAGUACCACAGCUUUGAGCUAGAAACAUUAGCUAUCAUAUACGCCCUUCGCAGAUUUCGAAUUUACCUUCACGGAAGGCAUUUUAAGAUAAUAACCGAUUGUAAUUCUUUAACCCUUACUUUAAAUAGGGUCGACCUAAACCCUAGAAUUGCCCGGUGGGCACUCGAACUUCAAAAUUUUGAUUACGAAGUAGUUCAUCGAUCGGGAAAUAAAAUGCAGCACGUAGAUGCUCUAAGUAGGUGUCAUAUAUUGACGAUUGAGGCCAAUAGUUUUGAAGAUAAUCUGUUAAUCUGUCAAUCAAAAGAUUCAAAAAUUUUACAAGUUCGAGACCAGCUAGAGAAAAAUCAACUUAAAAUGUUUGAAAUGAGAAACGGGGUCGUGUACAGAAAAUGGAACGACGACAGAUUGUUAUUUUAUGUCCCUGAAGAAAUGGAGAGUCAUAUUUUACAUAAAUAUCACAAUGAACUUGGACACAUUGGUAGAGAUAAAAUGUUAGACGCUAUUUUAAAAACAUAUUGGUUUGAUAAAAUGAAAGAGAAGUGCAGUAGUCACAUUGAAAAUUGCCUAAAAUGUGUUGCAUUUGCACCAAAAACGGGGAAAUCAGAAGGUUUUCUGCAUAGUAUUCCGAAAGGGGAUAAGCCAUUCGAGUUGUUGCAUAUCGAUCACUACGGACCAGUGGAUAAAGGAAGAGCAAAUAAACACAUAUUUCUGAUUGUAGACGGGUUUACUAAGUUCGUAAGACUGUACACAACUAAGACAACAAAUACAAAAGAAGUUUUAAAAGCAUUAAGCGACUACUUCAGGGCUUAUAGCACACCAAAGUCGAUUGUAUCAGACAGAGGUAGUUGUUUUACCUCUAAUGAUUUCGAACAAUUCUUGUCUCAGAGGAACGUAAAGCACUUGAAAAUUGCAACAGGGUCUCCACAAGCCAACGGACAGGUGGAGCGUAUAAACAGGAGCAUUGGCCCUAUGAUUGCAAAACUUACAGAACCAGAAAACGGUGCACAUUGGGACACAGUAAUUGAGCAAGUAGAAUAUACCCUUAAUAACACUAUACAUAGAAGCAUUAAACAGGUCCCGAGCAAGAUGCUUUUUGGUGUUCAACAGAAAGGAGAGAUCGUAGAUGAGCUUAGAGAAAAAUUAGAAGAAAUAAAAGAUACGAUUGUUACUGAAAGUUUAGAGGAAAUUCGACUAAAAGCAAUAGAUAAUCAAAAUCAAGCACAGGCAUACAAUAAAACUUAUUUUGACAAGAAAAAGAAAAAGGCCAAGGACUACGGAAAGGGGGAUUACGUCAUGGUAAAAAACUUUGAUAGCACAGCAGGAGUUGCGAGGAAGUUGAUCCCCAAGAAUAAAGGACCAUAUGUCAUAGCCAAAGUGCUUCGGAACGACAGGUUCUUGUUGCAAGACGUUGAAGGCUUUCAAGUAUCGCGAAAUCCGUACAAGGGUGUCUGGAGUGCUCAAAAUAUAAGACCAUGGAUAGGAAAAAGGAAAACAUUGUAAAACAUAAGAUUACAAUCCAACUUUGUAUUAAGAUAAGAGUAUUGUAAUUAGCUUUAACUUUAGUUUUAAGAAUCUCAGGAUCAGGGGAUCCAAGUCGCAGGACGGCCGAAUUGUAGUAGGCAACCUUACGCCCGAUAAACUAUCGAUUGUUAAUGUUAAGCUAACAUUAAGUAUAACAUAAUCUUUAAGGAAGCCCAAUGUUAUUCAUUCUUGGUAUAUGCAUUGAAUAAAGCGGACGUCUUAUAAUAAAAAGUGCCUAAAGUGUUAAAUAUACCGGUCAUCUCACACAUCUACUCACUUAUUAUUUUGCAAUUGCCCAUUUACAUUUAGAUGGGAGCAA